GGCUCGAUAAUCGAGCACCCCUACUGCCUGUGUUUCGUGUCCAAACGUCAAACGCCGAAGCGGAACGCAAAAAUUCACGCUCUCGCCAAAAGUUGUGAAAAAUUUCCGAAAAAUCGUGCAUCCCGGACCAUUUCGUCGUUCAAAUUCUCGAUAGAAUCCUAAAAUCGAGGAUUUGGAAAAGUGCCCUUCCUGGAGCCCCAUCACAAAGGCGGAGAGCGAACGACUCGGCAUCACAUCAGCAGGCGAGAGUGUCGGUGGAGUGAGAGAAAAGAAAAACAGUUUCGGAACCUGCUGUCACCACCUGGAGGAUUUUUGUUUAUAUUCACGCGUGCCGCUCAGCUGGCCGUUGUUUGGCAACCGAACCGACCGAGGAAAACUAGUUCACCGGGUCACCGAUCGACCGAGGAAAUGACGAACCAGUACGUUAGCCCGCUCUCGAUUGCGGUCAUCUGCUCCUCGAACAUGAACCGCUCGAUGGAGGCGCACGGCUUCCUGGCCAAGAAGCGCUUCAAGGUGCGCUCGUUCGGAACCGGCGACAAGGUAAAACUGCCCGGCACGGCCGCCGACAAGCCGAACAUUUACGACUUUGGGACCAGCUACGAUGACAUCUACACCGAUCUGGCCAGCAAAGACAAACAAUACUACACACAAAAUGGUCUCCUCCACAUGUUAGACCGAAACCGCCGCAUCAAGCCUAGCCCGGAAAAGUUUCAACUUUGUACCGAACGCUUCGACGUGUUAGUCACGUGCGAAGAGCGUGUCUACGAUCAGGUGAUCGAAUUCAUGGAAUCUAAAACCCCAACCUACAACUUGCCGGUGCAUGUGAUCAACAUCGAUAUCCAGGAUAACCACGAGGAGGCGACCGUGGGUGCGUUUGCGAUAUGUGAUCUUAUAACCAUGAUGGCCCAGAGCGACGACCUGGAUAACGACAUCGACGAGCUGUUGCAUGACUUCGAGGGCAAAUGUCAACGCAGCGUACUGCACUGUGUCCUGUUUUACUAGUCUUCGGUUUCCGCUUUUUUUGUUUUGUUUUAGGUCCAAAAAAAAAUACCGGAAAGAACCACUGAGAUGUUUUCGAGGGAACUUCAAAAAAAGGGGGAAACUAAUAGCAAAACAAUUUCUAGCUUUCAAAUUAAAAUUGGGUUACGUCCUUCCGGGUUUCUUUGUUUUGUUUCGGAAUUGAAUCGAAGUUGAUGUUCGAAAAAUUAUACAUACCUACUGUAGGAACAAAGAGUAAAAUAGUGAACCACGAAACAAUAACCAAUGAUGGGAUAUGGGACAGGAGGAAAGGGACACAAACAACUGGUUUUAAUCCAAAAACAACAAAUUCAAACACUACACUAGCAAGCAAACACGAGGUGAUUCGAUAUUACUCUGUAAGCAAACUAUAUUAUGAUACAUAUUUAUAUUUAAUAUAAAAGAUGUGUAAUUUCCUCUUUUGUACAACAAACAAUAAAGUUACAAAGACAGUUUA